AUGGAGGACCUCAAUUUGCUCAACAGCAUCCCCGUUGAUGAGGAAUACGGUGGAUUCGAGUACCUGGAAGAGGAGGAAGCCAGUUCGGCAUACUCAGUCGCCUCGUCAGUCUACAAUUUCCGUGUUGAAAAUGGCCGUCGAUAUCACGACUACAAAGACGGACAUCCCUUCCCCUAUGAUGAAGUGUCGGAGGAGAAUGAACAAGUGUUGCACGCAAUGAUCCUGCUUCUCUUCGACAACAAAUACUUUGUGUCUCCAAUCGACGAGUCCGCCCUGCACUGUGUUGUCGAUGUCGGUACCGGCCUGGGCCUGUGGGCUGAAGGGGUUGCUGAAAGGUACCCGCAUGUUCAGGUCGUGGGCAUCGACACUAUCAUCCAUGAGCGCUCACUUCAGCCAAAUUGUUCCUUUAUUCUCCAGGAUGCCACUGACGAAUGGGUCUUGGACGACCCCUCGAUGAAAUUUGACCUGGUCCAUAUCAGAAACUUGUUUGUGGGUGUAAGAGACUGGGAUGCAUUAUACGCUCAAUGCUUUGAGAAAAUGAAUUCGGGUGGAUGGAUCGAACAAGCCGAAAUGGAGAUCGAUGCUCGUACCGACGACGGAUCCGAGCUACCAGACAGUCAGAUUGUGAAGUUAUGCAAGUUUGUCGACGACAUGACAGCUGCCACUGGGAGAGAUUUCCGCGUCUCCUCCAAUUUGAAGAAUGCGAUUGAGCAAGCCGGCUUCGUCGACGUCCAGGAGCAGAGAGUAAAACUUCCUUUGGGCCCUUGGGCUUCCGACCCCAAAUUCAAAGACAUCGGCAGGUUCUUUGAACGAUUCUACAAAACCGGCCUCCAAGGCUGGCUCCUACAAAUUUGCAUCCGAUACUUUGGGUGGACACUGAAAGACGUGAACGACGCAUGUGUAAAAGCAUUCCAAGAGAUCAACUCCCGCCAACAACACAUGUAUCUUACACUGUAA